AUGCAUUUUAAUGGAGAUCAUUGUCAGAUGCUAAAGAAAAAGAAGACUGACAAUGUCACUAAGCCGGCGGAUGAUGGCGAGAGGAAAGGAAGAAGUGGAAGAUGGCGCCGACGGAUGAUGGCGAGAGGAAAGGAAGAAGUGCAAGAUGGCGCCGGCGGAUCGCAGAUGCGGGGACGAUGGCUUGCGGCUAGGGCACAACUUUCGUUUCGCGUGAGGGCAGGAGUUGAAUGGCAGCCAGUUCAGGAUCUUAAUGGCGGCCCUCGAGCCUGCUGCUUAAAUGAAAAGGAUUUCUUGGAAGAAGAAGAAGCAUUAACUUAUGAGCAAACCUCAGCAGUAGUUAAUCACCUGUCAAACCCCCCAUUCAUUAGUUUUCCACUGCCAUUAAGGAUCUCAUCUGCCCUCCAUUUGACCUUCCGAAUGAAUUCCUCUUCCUCUUCCAAUCCCUCUUACUCUUCUCUCUCCACCCUCUUCUUCUUGCUCAGGAGUGCUAAAGCAAUGCAUGAAUCAGUUCUUUCACCACCUCCUUUUCUUUAUUCAUCUCCCGUCAUCAACAGCGAGAACAGGAUCAACCACAGCCUUCUUCUCUUCAUCGUCAUCUUGGCCAUCGUCUUCUUUGUCUCUGGCAUCUUCCACCUGCUGGUGAGGUGCUUCCUCAUGAGACCCAUUGCCCGGGAGCCGGAGGAGCACACCGACGGCGUCACGGCCUUGCAGGGCCAGCUCCGGCAGCUGUUCCACCUCCAUGACGCGGGGGUGGAUCAGUCGUUCAUCGACAUGCUGCCGGUCUUCCUGUACAAGGCCAUCGUGGGGAUCAAGGAUCCCUUUGACUGUGCAGUUUGCCUGUGCGAGUUCGGGCCCGAGGACAAGCUCAGGCUGCUCCCUAAGUGCAGCCAUGCCUUCCACCUCGAGUGCAUAGACACAUGGCUCUUGUCCCACUCCACCUGCCCUCUCUGCCGGAGCAGCCUCCUCAACGGCUGCUGCUCCCCUCGAAGCCCCAUGGUUCUUGUUCUUGAUUCAGCCAGUGAGGCAGCUUCUGGCAGGAGAGAAUCGGUGCUAGUUGACGGGGGCGGUGAUGAUGAUGAUGAUGAUGAUGAUGAGCCCAGUGCCUUCGGGGAGGCUGCAGCAAAGGAACCGGUGGCUGUCACGGUGGCCGUCAAGCUCGGCAAAUUUAAGAGUACUGAAGCAGAGGGUCAAGAAGCCACAAGCAGCAAUGCUAACGCUAGUAAUUCAAGUCAGAGGAGGUGCUUCUCAAUGGGGUCUUAUGAGUAUGUGAUGGAAGACUACACAAUGCUUUGGGUACCCAUUGAACCUCCAAAGAAGCCUUAUGUCAAGAAGUCAGGCCAUCGAAUCGCGAUGUCCGAAUGUGAUUGUCAUUCAAGAAGGGAGGGGUUUCGAGGACUCGAUCGAGCCAUAGCACCGCAAGACGGCAAUGUUAGUGCCAUUAGCAGUGGCGGUUUACAUUUGAAAGAGAGCUUCUCAGCUUCCAAGAUUUGGCUUCAGGCCAAGGAGAAAAGUGACACUUCCAGGAGGGCGAUCUCUUUCCGUUUACCAUUAAAUUGGGCAAUGACCAAUCGGUUGAAGCUCAAAGACAAUGCCAGCCCCGCUGCCACCGCCGCUUCCGUGUUCAAUGUCUCGCCGUGGGGGAAGAAUUCAAGCGAGGUGGAUUUGGAUAUCGAAGUAGGAAGCUCCAGCUACAGUGUAGGAUCUCGAGUCGAUGAGGCACGUUCCUUCACAAGGACAUUGUUUUGGCUAGUAGGAAGGCAGAACAGAGCGGGAAAUCAUCUCUGAUAUGGAUGCUGUUGCUAUCUUAGCAUUCAUUCAUUCAUCCAAGGAGAUGAGCAUGAUACACCUUCAAAAUUUCCCACCCUCAUCAAAGUUCUUCAAGAGAGAUGGAUUUUUCAUAUCUCAGAGAAGGCUGUAGCUGAUAAUAUGUAUCAGGAAGUAAACAUAGCGUCUGUUUGUCGUAAAUAAAAAUAGGAUCUUUGUUUCAAAUCCCUUCGGGUUUUUCCACCUAGUGAGGAAAAAAUCAUUAGAAAGGAGUAGCAAACCAAACUAAAAAUUCUCAGAGAAGAAAUCAGAAUAACCUGUACUGUUAUAUCAAAAUGUAGCUUUCAUUUACUUUGAACUACCUUUCCAACCAUUCAAAGAGAUUACGAAAAUGUAACUCAAAGAGUACUUGUGGU